CCCUAAUCGACUACACAUUUUGAAUAUGGCAUAGGAUAUAAAUACCAAACUUAUUCCUCUCAUCUAGGGUUAGAACGGCUGAGAACGGCGCAUCUCCGAAACCCUUGAUUUCUUCGUGCGGCACGUUUUUGGUUUUGAAAUUUUGUGAGUAGUUUGCUGUCGGAUUUUUGAGACAAUGGCGUCGAAGUUUUGGACUCAGGGUGAUAGUGAUACCGAGGAAGAGGAGAGUGACUAUGAUGAGCAGGAAGAUGAUGCCCCCGUGGAAACAGCCACUGCAACAGCUGCUAGCAGAUAUUACUCUGGCAAUGCUAGUGAUAGUGAUGAUUCUGAUGGGCAGAAGCGUGUUGUUCGCCGUGUCAAAGAUAAAAGGUUUGAUGAGCUGUCUGCUACUGUUGAUCAGAUGAAAAAUGCCAUGAAAAUCAAUGACUGGGUGAGUCUCCAAGAAAGCUUUGAGAAGAUCAAUAAGCAAUUGGGGAAGGUCAUGAGGGUCACUGAGUCCGAUAAGCCACCAAAUCUAUACAUUAAGGCUCUUGUGAUGCUGGAGGACUUCUUGAACCAGGCUUUGGCCAAUAAGGAGGCGAAGAAGAAAAUGAGUAGUAGUAAUGCAAAGGCAUUGAAUUCAAUGAAGCAGAAGUUAAAGAAGAACAAUAAGCUUUAUGAGGAUAUGAUCAAUCAGUGUAGGGAGAAGCCUGAACUUUUUGAAGAGAAAGUUGAGGAGGAGCAAGAAUCUGAGGACGAUGUGACUGAUGACGAUGUGACUGAUGACGAUGUGUCUGACGAUCUGAAUGCUGAGGAGACGGAUGAUGAAGAGGAAACUGGAAAUGAUGCAGAGGCUGGCUCUGGAUGGGAAAAGAUGUUGAGCAAGAAAGAUAAAAUGAUGGAUAAGCAGUUCAAAGAUCCCAGCCAAAUUACUUGGGACACAGUCAAUAAGAAGUUUAAAGAGAUUGUUGCUGCCAGAGGUAAGAAGGGGACUGGGAGAAUGGAGUUGGUUGAACAGCUCACUUUCUUGACAAGGGUUGCCAAGACUCCUGCUCAGAAGCUUGAGAUAUUCUUCAGUGUUGUCUCUGCACAGUUUGAUGUCAAUCCAAGUCUCAGCGGUCACAUGCCCAUCAAUGUGUGGAAACAGUGUGUGCAGAAUAUGCUUGCAAUACUGGAUGUUUUAACCCAGUACCCUAAUAUUGUGGUGGAUGAUAUGGUAGAGCCUGAUGAAAAUGAAACUCAAAAGGGAGCUGACUUCAAUGGUACAAUUAGGAUCUGGGGCAAUUUGGUAGCUUUCCUGGAAAAGGUGGAUGUUGAAUACUUUAAGAGCCUUCAGGUUAUUGAUCCACACACCCGUGAGUAUGUUGAGAGGCUUAAGGAUGAGCCUAUGUUUUUAGUCCUAGCUCAAAAUGUGCAGGAGUAUUUGGAAAAGGUUGGGGAUCACAAGGGUGCUUCAAAGGUUGCUCUUAAACGAGUUGAACUUGUUUAUUAUAAGCCUCAGGAGGUGUAUGAUGCUAUGCGGAAAUUGGCUGAGCAGGACAAUGGAGAAAGCGAGUCUGGAGAGGAAAAAGUUGUUAAUGAAAUUAGGGGGCCAACUGCUUUUGUUGCUACUCCUGAGCUGGUUCCUCGCAAGCCUACUUUUCCGGAGAAUAGCCGUGCUCUGAUGGACAUACUUGUUUCACUCAUUUACAAGUAUGGCGAUGAACGUACCAAAGCCCGUGCUAUGCUUUGUGAUAUAUAUCAUCAUGCUAUCUUCGACGAAUUCUCAACAUCCCGUGACUUGCUGCUCAUGAGUCACCUCCAGGAUAAUGUUCAGCACAUGGACAUAUCCACACAAAUACUUUUCAAUAGAGCCAUGUCACAGCUUGGUCUAUGCGCCUUCAGGGCGAGUCUUGUUCCUGAGGCCCAUGGUUGCCUCUCAGAACUGUAUUCUGCUGGAAGAGUGAAGGAAUUGCUAGCACAAGGGGUAUCUCAGAGCAGAUAUCAUGAGAAGACACCAGAGCAGGAGCGGCUGGAGAGAAGGCGCCAAAUGCCUUACCACAUGCAUAUAAAUCUCGAGCUUCUCGAAUCUGUACAUCUGAUUUGUGCAAUGCUGCUGGAGGUCCCCAACAUGGCAGCCAAUGUGCAUGAUGCCAAACGUAAGGUCAUAAGCAAGAAUUUCAGGAGGUUGCUUGAGAUGAGCGAGCGACAAACCUUCACGGGCCCUCCUGAAAAUGUCAGGGACCAUGUGAUGGCUGCUACUAGGGCUCUCAGGCAAGGAGAUUUUGACAAGGCCUUUGCUGUUAUCAAAUCUCUUGAUGUGUGGAGGUUGCUGCGCAACAAAGAUUCGGUUCUUGAAAUGCUCAAGGCCAAGAUCAAGGAAGAGGCGCUGAGGACCUACCUCUUUACAUACUCCUCAGCUUAUGAUUCCCUAAGUCUCGACCACUUGUCCAAGAUGUUUGAUCUUUCAGAUGCACAGACGCGUAGCAUCGUCAGCAAGAUGAUGAUCAAUGAGGAGCUACAUGCCAGUUGGGACCAGCCAACAGGCUGCAUUGUCUUCCAUGAUGUCGAGCACACUAGAUUGCAAGCUCUUGCUUUCCACUUGACAGAGAAGCUCAGUGUUCUUGCAGAAACUAAUGAGAGGGCCAUUGAGGCUCGCUUUGGUGGUGGAGGGCUGGAGGGUCUUCCUCUUAGAAGGAAAGAUGGCCAAGAUUAUGCUGGAGCAGCAGCUUCUGGUGGCGGCGGUGUUGGUAGGUGGCCAGAGUUUUCAUUCAAUCAGAACAGGCAAGGGAGCAGCGGUGGCAGAGGAGGCUAUACUAUCAGCGGUAGGGCAUCAGCUCCGGGGCUUGUGAGCAGUGGUUACUCUCGGGAUGGCCAAGCUCGUUCAGGUCGUGCGUACCACACAGGGUCUGGUGCAAGAGGUGGGCAGUCUGAUGGAUCUACAAGAAUGGUUAAUCUGAACAGAGGGGUUAGAACUUAGGCGCAAAUCGAAGAAGUUGUUUAGCCGGAGUACCCUUGCCAAUUGCCAUCUCAUAAUUUAAAUUUUGGUCCCUUUUCGAUAAUUUGACUGUGUUACUGAGCCUAGAACUGUUUGCUGUGUCUUAUUACUCAUAAAAUUUUGCAUCUUUUGUUGUUUUAGAUGUUUCGAACUUUGGAGACGUGUCUUUGUAAUUUUUUGAGAUUCAAUUUAAAUGCUGUUGUACUCA